GAUAAAAUGCAUUUAAUUAGAAACCUAAAAGCACAUAAUUUCGCAGAAUUGUCUACUUAACUACUUUUUAUAGCAAAAAUCGAUCCACCCUAAUAUGCAUACCACAUAUGUACAUGCUUGUACAUGCAAAAACAUGCACGAAUAAUAAUGUUAAAUACUCAAUCGGGCAAUGGUUUCAGAGUAGUUACGAAAGUAAUCGCGCAUAAGUGUUCCAUGGAUCACCCGCGCUUUUUAGUGGAAGAAUUCAGAAGUACGCAUACAAUAACAAUGCGCAUUAAAAAUAUCAAAACUUGAAAAAUUACGUAGUGAAUGCUAUCUAAUUACCGCUAACGAUACGAAGUCUUCUCAGAGAAAUGUAUGAACCUACGAGCAUAAUGGUAUGUAAAUAUGUUCGUGUGUGCAUUGUAAUUUAAAUGAAGGUGAAAAGUGUUGUGAUGACCUGGAAGUUCACAAGCACUUGUACACGGGUGCGUUGAGCUGUUUGGAAAGUGAAAUAUGCGCCAGCUAACCUUUUUAUUUAGACUUCAAAAUAUGAGCAGAAGCAGCUCUUUUAAUGAGCCAUAAUAUCACCAUAACAACAGCAGACAUGGGAGACCGCUUCAAUUGUCAUCAGUCUUAAAUAUUUACUGCAGCUUAACUAUGUGCUGAGCGAACUCCGCAGUUCGAAGCGCAACGUGGACGCGUAACAAUAUGCCAAGAUUGAGUCCGAAAUUCGAUGAACGGUUAAAUACUUGUAUAGUGAUUAAGAAGCGCCGUCACUCUUCGAGUUAACGGCAGUGUUAAUCCGCGUUUGUAAUCUUUAACCACCGUUAUGGUUUCCAAAACAAUACUCAAAAUAUCGUUAGUAGUUUUUGUUGUUUCCGCUGUUUACAAAAUUCCGAAAAUUGCAGCGAAAUUAAGUAUGGGAAUGUAUUCCGGAGCGACACCAGAUCUUCUUCCAUUUGGUGUGAUUGAACAAAUACAGAUGAGAAACCCCUUGAAGAGUGUCCAAAGUAUAGCAGUAGAAAAGUCCGUUAUGCUUCCUUCAACGCCGUAUCAAGAUCCAAGGUCAAAGAUGUUUAAUCAAAACCGAAGGACGUCUAUUAAAUUUCGUCGCCAUAAUUACAUCAAUCGAAAAAGUAGACCGUCAACUUUGCGAAACCAGUCACUUUUGGCGCUUUCCCAGCAGAAUAAGCAGUUAUUUCACUUGUACAAUCAUGAGGGUAUGCCGGAAAGGCACUCAAGGGAAACAAUAUUACUUAUAGAGCUACUUUGCUGGUAGGGCCAUCAUAUAUACCCGGAAUUCACAGAUAUCGGUUUGUGAAUAGGUUGGUUCUUUCAAGAAUUUUUAGAUAUAUGUACAAUAUAUUAUUUGGAAUUUAUUGUCAGAAAACCGUUGAAGAAA